CGGGUAUAGAACUGGCUGGCGUCAUCCUGUCGACGACUUCUGAGGAUGUCUGCAAAAAUUUUCUUCAGUCGAAGGCCGACACGUCAGAACAGGCUGUUGCAAGCGGAGACAUCCCCUCAUCUUUCCAGGCACGUACAACGCAAACACGCUUUAACGCUGGCUUUGUUUGGAAAGUCGUAGUGUAUAGGUAUAUUUUUCACUUUAGGCCCUCCACGCUCUUCUGGACUUGCUUGAGUCACCCCUAAUGUCCGCACCGUUGCGAAUUGCCAUCAUCGAGGCCCUGGAUCGAAGUACCCGACUUUCUGUUGGUCUGGACGCAUUCUUCGGUCACAGAGGCUCUCCAGAAAAUACCGACUGCAAAACCAAGAUGGAGGUAGAGAUGAGGGAAGCAGGAGCUAGCAAGAUGGAUUGCUAUGAUGGUGGUGGUGGUGGUGAUGAUGAUGAAAGUGACGGUAAAGCGGCUUGCGAACAGCCGCAAAAUCUCACGCCCUAUCAGCGCCUCGUCCUGUUUAUGUCCACCAAUAAGGCAAGUUACAUGGGACUUUGGCUGGGCAGAAUUGCUGAAUUGCUUUGCUAGCCACCAUCAACAAUGUAGCUUUUUUGAAUUUCAACUUUGCAGUCCACUCAUGUCGCCGUCGCCUGUCAGCGUCUACUCACAAAGCUUCAUGUCUACGAACUUCUGCUGGAAUUCGACGAGUUUUGUGUAGGGUAUGCGCUCUUCGGGACGGUACCCCGAUACCUUUUGCUGAGCAAUUGACGUUUCUUAUCUCGUAAAAGCCAUUACCUUUUCAGCACUGAACUAACCGAGAUUGUUAUAAAAAUCCCAAUAGUGCCUCCGUAUCCUUACAGCUUGCAACUUUCUUGUUAAAUGAGCUGGCAGAUUAUGAACAUUCCCAAAAAGGAAGUAUUAACCUGGCACUAUUAUCUACGGCCGUUCAGUUUAUGCGCUUUCUUUCACACCUUCCCUGACUGCGGGUUACUUAUGGAAGAUGGUUAUGAGCCACUGACCUGAGUAAAGCGAAGUUCCCAGGCCCGUUUUCCAAGGUCGCCAACAUGGAUAAUAACAUCUGGAGUAGCGGAAAUGAAUGAAGUCAGAAAGACAGUAGAAGGGACCGCACCACUAGGUGAUAAGAAAUCCUGGCCGGCUCCAUAAACGUCUUCUGUCUAGCAUAUCACUCGCAUCUGGCUGCCACCACUCGGUCUUGCUUGAUAGAAUGACAAUGAGCGUCAUCCUUGCGCAGGGCAAUUUGUACAGGGAGAUGGCUAUGAAGCAGUUUCCUAGCAAUACGUGCCUUUCCGCUAAGAUUGCCUAUUCGACUGUGAUCCUACAAUAGGCCACUUGGUAGGUGCGCUGCACUAACGCGGGGACCAGAUCGGGGCAUGGCAGGUGUUAUUUGAGAUGCACAUCCAUAACAACUGCCGCACAUGGGGGGAGGUAGAUGUGGUGGCACGCCUAGGCGCAGGCCCACGGCACGCUAGCCGCCUGCACUCGAUCAUGCCUCUAAACUUCUUUAUUUUUUCAUUACGCCGGGUCCAGGUGGGGGAGGAGAGAGUACUGUAGAUGCAGCGCAAGUCGACUAUCAUCAUAAAUCACGUCCCGGCGCCCACCAUGCUGUGGGACACUCGGUGGACAUGGUCGGAAUCGGCCGCCGAAUUGUCGCGUCACCUGUUCGACCGGUGUAUUUUGACAGUCUACAAUACUUGGCACCAUAGCCUAAGCGUAGGUGUUAGUCAGAAGCCAAAACACGUCCUUCGCGACCUUUGUGACCGCGUGUUUACCCUCCGCCUUAUUAGUUGCCGUCAUUUUUCGGCAGAGGGAGGGAGGACAAGAGAUAGUAUGCUUUGUUUUUGAGAUAAUGAACAUUUUCAUCAAGAAAUCCAAACUCAAUGAGUCGAAUGCGGACGAAAGUGCAUUUCUCCUGACUGUUCAAUCCUAUAAUCAGCGCAACUUAUCAGUUUUUUUUUUCAAAAAAUUUGCUGUCUGUUGCCAUCUCGACAUUGUCAUGAGCUAGUGCAAAUAAACAGCAGACACUAGGCAUUGUAUAAAAUUGUGAUAAAUAGGUUCCCACAUUGAAGUGGUUUAUGGGUGAGUACGGGAGGAAACAGUGACGGCCCGAGUUGAAAUGCCAGUUAAUAGUGAGACAAGUUAGAAAAAAAUUGAAAUGGCCGUUUCUGGCCUCAAUGCCGUCGUCAGUCUGCCAUACCCACAAAUCGAAACGGGCAGACCCGACAUGCGAACCCACUAUAAGACCACCAGCGAGGACUUUAGGCCGGGCACCACAAGGAUGGACGGAGCGUCCUUAUUCCGUCCGACAGUCAGAUCAGCUGGGUGAGCGUAAGUCCCAAACGACCUCCCCCCCCCAAUGUGCACGUGUUUGGGCAAAAUUCGGCGCUCGUAAGUUGCUCGAAAGUUUUCCUACCAAUGUUGUUUUUUGGAAUAAUAAGGCCAUCUCCACCCCCACCCCACUAGUGCAGUCAGUGAGUCUGGACAUUUCCGAUGCCUUUCUCUCUCUUAGACUGUCUUCGGUCUUAUCACUCUAACCACCUUUCACGUCCACAGGCUCCGCGCUCUCCCGAACAGCAUUUCCACCGCGGACGCACUGGCCUUUGAGAGUUCGCUGCAAAGUUUUCUCCACGAGUUAUCGAACAUCCUACAAACCGCUAAUACAGUCCUAGUGAGCAUUUUCAGUGCUUUCUGCAUUUUGCAUGUCUGCUAG